AUGUUCGAUACGGAGCGAUUCAUUAUCGAAAUUCAAAACAGAGAAGCUCUAUGGAAUCAGUCGUCGGAUGAUUAUUCGAAUAAAAAUUUAAAAAGGCAAUUAUGGUUGGAGCUGACUGAUAUAUUUGGUGGGGAAAAUUUGGAAGAAAAAGGAGAACUUGGUUUAAGUUUUCAAAAGAAAUGGAAAAAUAUAAGAGACAUCUUUACGAGAGAGUUAAGAAGACGCAAGGGCGACAAAAUCGGUUCAGCUGCUAAGCGUAAAUCAGCUUAUAUUUACUUUGAUCAAUUACAAUUUUUAAUGCCAACCUUAGAAAUUAAUGAGACCAGUGCAAGUUUAUCAGAAACGACACCGGAAUAA